UUGCAUCGCAACGAUAAACAGAUGUUUUGUUUUUUAGUUUACGGAAUUGAAAAAUUCGUGAUAAUUAUUUUUAUACGCGAAAGAUAAAUGACAUAAAUGGUGGAAUAUUCACUAAUUAAGAAAGUAGAUUGUAUCUACCAAAGUCGUAGGGACUUCCCCCUUCAAAUGCAACAUAUCUAAAGAAACACUUCCGUUUGUAUUAAGUUAUUACACCAUGGGAGAUAAAGAAGUGGAAGAAUUGUCGAUCUGUAGUGAAGAAACAAAUUCCGUUUGUGAUGAGGAACGAACGCGUAAACUAUUCCAAGCCUGUGAUACAGACGGUGACGGAUACAUCGAUAGCAAUGAUUUAGAGAGCAUCUGUCGGGAACUGAAUUUGGAAAAUUGUAUCGAAGGUCUGAUGCACGAAUUGGGCGCCGAUGACGAUGGCAAGAUCUCAUUUGAGAAAUUUUUAAACCGUAAGAUAGCCUUGCGUCCGGAAAUACAUGCUUUGAAGAAGAAACAUUCUUCUAGAGAUGAUUAUAUUCCUAGUAGUAGCAAUAAUAGUUUAGGUAAACAUGAUUGUUGGGAGUUUGAUAGCGGAGCUCGAGAUCUUAGCCCGGAACCGAGUACUUUGCAACGAUUGAUUGAUACCGCUGGCGGGAGUGCUAAUACUGGAAACUUAUUGCAACUUGCCAAUAAACUUCAUUUAGCUGCAUUAGCUUCUUUAAGAGCUGAAAUCACAGAGUUGAAUACUCGCUUGCAGUCGGUUACUGAAGAACGAGAUAUUUUAGAAAGUGCUUUAAAAAAGUGUCAAGAAAAAUCAGAAAAUUCAGUUAUUCAAAGAUACGAAGAGCAAAUCACCGAAUUGCAUUCCGUAAUUGUAGAGCUUAACAAAAAAUUGGAUUCUCAAAGGACCAGUGUAAUUACCGAAGAAGAGGAUGUUCUUUCAGAUACUGAAUACUAUCAAACCAAUAUGACUGCCCAAUCAAUUGAAAAGACAAAGAAAGAAAAAGCCAUAGAUGAGAAAGAAAAUGAACUGAAACAACUUCAACAUCAUUUAAAUCUUCAAAAAGAAUGUGCCAUUAAAAAAGACACCGAAUUGAGGCAGACAAAAAUGCAACUUAGUUCCGCUUACGACCAAAUAGAGAAAUUGAAGAACAAGCUACGUGAAUCAGAAAACCGAAGAUUAGCCUUGACCAAUUCUCCUGAAUUGCGUAGAAAAGUAUCGUAUACCAAUCAGGUUCGAUCUGAGGCCAGUACACCUGUUUUGAAGGUAGCGGAACGAGUCAGAUUACCAAAAAUGGAUAGAUCAGUAACCGGAUCUGAGAUCAGCAAUCUGGGAAUUUCUCAUACUGAGAUUGCUGAGCAUUUGGUAUCUGGAGUUCAAGCCGAGUGUAACAUUCAAGAACUAUGUCGACAAGACAAAAAACAUUUAGAAAUAGAAGCAGAACGUUUACAUUCGAAAUUAGAACAUUUAAGGGCACAAAAUAAUACUUUGCAGAUAACUUUACACGACAGCAAAGAAAACUGCGAACGCAUGUAUUUAUUAUUGGGGAAAUACGAAUCAAAUGCCAUUGCUUUAAAAUCAUACGCUGACACUUGCGAUGAAAUAAUCAACCAUUAUGAUCAGCUCGUGGCACUUUUACAUAGACAACGUGGAGAAAAUCCACAGAUUACUAAGGAAGAAAAGGACUUGAGAACUGCCAUCGCCACGCUUAAAAAGGAUAAUUCCACAGUUCGUAAUACCGUAGUCGAGUUGGAAAGUUACCAUUGCAACGAAUAUGAAAACAGGCCAAAACCUUCGCCAUAUGAAGCUAAAAAAUUGGAUCUAGAAAUGGCUGUCCUGAUACAGGAUUUAAUGGAAAUGCGCGAAAACAACGCCGAAUUACGAGCCACUGUUUACAUGUUGGAUCGUGAAAGAGAAACACUCGAAUUGAAAAUCGCUGCUUUGCAGUCUCAGUUACAAGCUUACGUUUAUGUAAAAACUGAAGAACAGUUUGACGGCGAUAAAGAAACAAAACUUCAAGAAAGACUGAAAGAAGUCGCCAUGACUUUGGAAAAAGUCAACAAAAACGCCGAUUUACGUCAAAAACAAUCAUUAGAACUUGCCAAUCAGCUAAAAAACACAAACUGCGCUUUAAUGAAAACGCUGGAACGUUGUAAACGUAAAUCUCAGCUCCGUCUUCGUAAACUGGAAACUGAAAUGAUCACUAUGAUGGAUAAACACGCCGCUCAAGUGAAAAGUCUCAAGCAACGAAUCGUGUUCCUCGAAGACUUGAAUAAGGAUAAACUGUCGUGUAAACCACGAGAUGUAUCUGGACCGAUAGACGUCAGUGGCGAAUUCAGCAAACAUAACGAUCUCCAGAAACAGAGUUCUGCCUGAUGUUACCACAUAUUUUAUCAGUAUUUCAAUUAGUACUUAACUGGAUGAGCAUUUUAUUAUUUAGAGGCUAAAAGCCAAGUAUUCUUCGCAUUUAUUUACGUAUAUAACUCUCUUCUUUGAGUAUUGCCGUUAUUUAUUUACCAAAUACUUUUUUUUUUUAGUUGGAAGAGUGUGUGUUUGUGAUUUGUAAGCAGGGGUUGUAAUUUUUUGUAUUUUUCACAAGACAGCUGGUUAUUUUGAAGCCGGUAUCAUUUUUAAAACUAGCUUUAUUUGGACCUCUUCUUGAAUCUCAUAUUAGCUUUAUCGUUUUUAAAUAGUGAUUUCAAUCACUCGUGUUCUAAGCGCGUUUUCCUUUUUAAUUUUAUUUUUUUUUUCGUAGUAUUGUAUUAGUGCUAAUUUGACUUUCCCCUUCUUAUCAUUGUACUUUUAAAGUUUGCAAUAUUAAACAUCAAUAUCAAUUAUUUAUUUGAAUGUAUGUAAUUUCGUCGACAAUGAAAAAAGAAACUUAUCAAUAAAUAUAUUACAACUUGAAUUAUGCUA